GCUGUGUUCUGGCAUCUGGUGAGCACUUUCGUUGGCGUGAAGCGCAUCGUCUUCUCCAUUGAGGACUUCGCAGGUCAUGAGCGCAACGAGGUCCAGCACGUGCUCACGAAGGAGGGGGUGCACACGGGCGCCAGCCCCGCACCUCGUCCUCCUUCGCACGAUGGUCAGGUGGUCCAGCCAGCACCAGGAGCUCCACCCUUUAAUGGAGGAGCCGUUCCACUACAGCCUUUCCAGCCGAGUGAAAGUUCGCACUCGGCGCAAUCCAUCUUCCUCGCUCUCCUGGCCAUGGCCUGUGGUGUGGCGAUAGUCAUCUGCUAUUUCGGUCAAGAUACCAUGGACGGUCCCGAUCUCAGCUCCACGAAAGCCGUUGGGAGAUCUGAGCUCUGGGCAGUGGCGCAAGCGCUUCCGGUGCCUUUGGAGCUCCACUACACCGCUGAAGGCCAGCGCUUUGCGGCGACCGGGUACCGACCGGUCCAUGGCGGCCAGUGGCCGCUGGCCGUGUUUUUGCACGGAACGAGAAGGGCUCACAACGACGCCUUCGGCGUGGAGGCAUGCCGCUACUUAGCCGAGAGUGGCUUCGCAGCGCUGCCCCUCCAAUAUACCAACAAGGCUUAUCCGGGAGGCUGCGGCGACUUUGAUCACCGAAGCCGGCAAGUCGGCGAGGGCCUGCGCCAAAUUUGCGACCGGCAAGACCUUGGCAUUAACUGUGCUCUGGGGGUAGCCGUGGUGGGUUUCAGCUUGGGCGGCCAAAUAGCUUUGAAGCUGCGGAACUUCAAUGCCAAUGUUUCAGCUGCGCUUUCCAUCGCAGGUUCUUUACUCUUCGAGGGCCAGUGCUUAAUGAAUCACGACUUCAAGCUGGAGAGAUCCAAACGACGAAUCACCGUUGGCAGCGAAGAUCGGCAUUAUGGCUCCCGAAUCAAGUGUGUCAGCAGUUCUGGCUACGACUGUGGUAGUAACAACUGCAUCCAGCCGGAUGGCUCUGGGUUUUACAUGUUCACCGAGGACGAGGUGGGGCGCACCCCAAGCCACAACUACUACAUCGACCCUCUGACUCAAGGCAUGGCCGAAGAUUUCAAGCUCAGCGACGCACCCUGGGGCUUUGCCGCCUGUGUUCGGUGGCUCUUGGGUGUUGCCCCGCGGUUUGAGGGGAACGGAGGUGAUCCAUCCCUUCCGAACGCCAGCAAUCGGCAACCUGGAUCCGCACGCCUCACGCAGAAAGGACCCUUGCUUCUGGAAGUCAAGAGCCCGAAAGCCAGGGCUGCAGGAUCCAGGAAGAUCAUUUACAUAUGUGCAAGCUACACACUCCUAUUUUGCAUAGUCUUACAUGUUACAUGCCUCUACACACACAUAACAUAG